AGAACAGUGAGGACGCAAGUUCAUCAUGGCAGAUUCACACCAGGACCCUGCCAAGCUGCACGCUGCAGUGGCAUCGACGGGCACGACACUCAAUGGCGAGGAUUUCGACAGCAAGACUCCUGUGCCUAGCUUGGGAGGAGAAAAGGACGACCUGGACCUCGGAAUUGACGAGAAGCAGCAAGAGUCUGUUAUCGAAUCUCCAGCUGAAGAUGGCGAGCUGCGAGAGGACGAGUACCCUUCGGGAAUCAAGAUGUUCUUCAUCGUGCUCGCCUUGGUGCUGAGUGUUUUCCUCUUGAGUCUUGAUAUGACCAUUGUUGCAACAGCCAUCCCCAAAAUCACAGACGAGUUCCAAGGUCUCGACAAGGCCGGUUGGUACGGUGCCGCCUUCUUCAUGACCGUCGGCGCAUUCCAAUCCACAUGUAAGCACCCUUACAAUCACAUCUCAGAUCCAGCCGCUAACAGAAGAAACUCACCAGGGGGCAAGGCAUACAAGUAUUUCCCUCUCAAGACCACCUUCAUCCUCUCCAUCCUCAUCUUCGAGCUCGGCUCCGUCAUCUGCGGCGCCGCCCCCAACGCCGAGGCCCUCAUCACCGGCCGCGCCAUUGCCGGUCUGGGAGCCGCUGGCCUCGGUGCCGGCGCGUACACAAUCAUCGCCUUCUCCGCGCCGCCCAAGAAGCGUCCCGCCUUCACCGGCAUCAUUGGCGCUUCGUACGGCUUUGCCAGUGUCAUCGGCCCGCUGCUGGGAGGCGCCUUCACCGACCACGUCACCUGGAGAUGGUGCUUCUACAUCAACCUGCCGAUUGGAGGUGUCUCGGCGGCCAUCAUCUUCAUCUUCUUCCAGACGCCUCGCAAUGCGGUGCCGGUCAAGGCGCCUCUCGUCGAGAAGAUCCGGCAGAUGGACCCUCUCGGCGUCAUCUUGAUGAUGGGCGCCACCGUUACCUUCAUCCUGGCGGUCCAGUACGGAGGCAUUGCCCACCCCUGGAACUCGUCCGUUGUCAUCGGCCUCCUGGUCGGCUUCGGCCUCAUCAUCGGCGCCUGGGCCUUCAGCCAAUGGUUCCAGGGCGAAUACUCCAUGGUGCCGCCAAAGCUGUUUUCCAAGCGCACCAACUGGGUCAUGUGUCUGGUUGCCUUUAUCCAGGCCGGCGGCUUCUUCGCCGCCAUCUACUACAUCCCCGUCUACUUCCAGUCCGUCGACGGCACCAACCCGACCAUGAGCGGCGUCCGCAACCUGCCCUUCAUCAUCGCCGUGUCCUUCUCGACCGUCGCCAGCGGCGCCCUGGUCAGCGCAACCGGAUACUACCAGCCUCUGCUGCUCGGCGGCACAUCCAUCGCCACCAUCGGCGCUGGUCUCCUGUACACGCUGAGCACCACCACGUCCACCGGCAAAUGGAUCGGAUACCAGAUCAUCGCCGGCGCCGGCUGGGGCACGUCCUUCCAGAUCCCCAUGAUUGCCGUCCAGGCGCUGUCCGACCCGGCAGACCUGGGCCCGACCACCGGCAUGCUGCUCUUCUUCCAGGGCCUCGGCGGCGCGUUCCUUGUCUCGGGCGCCCAGUCGGCCUUUAUCAACACCAUGAUCCGCCACGUCCUCCAUCACGCUCCGCAGGUCAGCGAGGCCAUGCUCGUCCUGACGGGCGCCACCGAGAUCCGCAACCGGUUCCCCGCCGACCAGCAGCCAUUUGUCAUUGACGGCUACAUGGCCGGCAUCAAGGUCGUCUUCGCCAUGUGCGUUGCCUGCACGGGCAUUGCGACGCUCAUUGGCCUGGGCAUGCGGUGGAAGAAGCUCAACCAGGACGCUCUCAAGAACGCCGGAGGAGCGGCAUAG